AUGACACAAGUUGCAGCUGAAAUGGCAUGGGAAGAGCGCUUGGAAAAUUCCGAAAAAAUUUGCAAAACUAUCACCAUCAAUCAUUUCACUAGUCCAGCUAAUAAAUCGAACAUUGAACUAAGUUCAGCCAGUAAAUCGAAUGUUGAAUCAAGUCUAGCGAAUGUUGAUCCAAAUUUAGCAAAUAAAUCGAACAUUGAAUCAAUUCCAACAAAUGAAUCGAGCAUUGGAUCAAGUAGUGAAUUAAAUGAUUCCAACAUACUUGGUCAAAGAGAAAUUGAAAUCGAAGAAUUAGGCGCGGUCACUUCUAACACUACUGAUCUGCACAAUUGUCAUCCAGCUGAACAUAAAGAUUCAAAAAUUGAACUUAAAUUUCUUUUCGCAAAUGAUUUAUUACAACCGUCGUUUGUUCGUGCUCUUCAGCAGUGUGUUGAAGAUAAUUCUACUGUUCCUAACA